AUGGAAUCACAAAAUCCAUCAGAAUUUGAUUUCUCCUUGCUACAAUCUGUAGAAAAUUAUCUUCUCAGCGACACCUAUAUUUUCCCGCCGGAUUUUACGUUGGAUCAAAAAACCGUAUCUAAUGAAGUAGAUCGAUCGUCGCUGCAAAUGGUGGAGGAGUUGCUAAUGUGUAGCGACGAGUACCAUUCCGCCGGAUGGCCAGAAAUUCCGGCAACAUCUGCCGGAACACGGCCGGUGGAGUGGCGGCGGUACAGAGGAGUGAGGCGGCGGCCGUGGGGGAAAUUUGCAGCCGAGAUAAGGGACCCGGAAAAGAAGGGGUCGAGAAUGUGGCUCGGGACUUAUGAGACGCCUGAGGAUGCGGCUCUGGCUUACGAUCGAGCCGCGUUCCAGCUUCAUGGCACGCGGGCCCGGGUCAACUUUCCCCACCUGGUCGGGUCAGGUGUUCCUGGGCCAACCCGGGUGACUAAGCGAGGCCGUGGUUCGUCUUGA